UUACAAUCCCUGCUGUUUCAUGACGGUACCAAACGAGCAAGCAUGGAAAGAAGCACUGCAAGGCGCCGGAUGAAAGCAGCUGCUACCGCCUGCCACCAUCGACCAGCUGUUGCACUGAUUGGUGCGCAAAAGUAGGGACAGGUAACGUGACAUGCGAAGCGACUUUUCUUGACCGACAGCUGCUAUGAGUUCGCAGCCUGUCCAUCCAUCGGGAAGCCGCGAGCCAUGGCAGGCUCGACAACCGAGGCGGCGGAAAGCUCAACCAAGUUCAAGUUCUGCAUCCAAGGUGCAAGGUACGCUGCACAGGAACCGUCCAUUCCGAGUGCUGUUCUUGCCCAUCGUCGUCCUUGCCUUUGGACUCCUUCAUUGCCUCUUCCAUCUCCUCGUCUCGAUAGGGAGAACAACACGGCGAAUCAGACGGGGGCUGACUCGGCGCAAUAGAAUGUCAAUAGAAGCGGUGUUUGAGCACAUCGGCCACCGAAUGCGUGCCCAGCUCGAUUCAUUCAACGCUGGCGAAGGGGAGGACUGGCCAGUGGAGUUGCAAGUCGUUCAUGACGUCGAAGUGGGCAGUGGGCAGCGCGUGGCAAGCAUCAAAGUCGCACGCCAUCUUGCAAUCGUAUUUGCUGACCGAUCAGAUACAUUGGCGGGGACAUUAUGGAAAGCUCUGAAGGCGCGAGCGGCACCGCAAACUCACGCGUGGGAGCAACAAGAAUCAGCGCGGCUGUUAGAGCGCCAGGCUUUUCUGGUGCAGGAGGCACGCAAGGCUGUACGUUGGGCUGCGCUCCUUGGCGUCGAUCAGAUCAGCAUAUACGAUGAUCGGGGUCUGUUGAAAGACCAUUUCUCUCGUUCUGCAGAGGCAGGGCGGCCACAUCGAUGGACGCAGACUGCGGAAGCAUGCAUGCCACUUUCGGAGCGGAUAGGAGAGGGAGAACAGAUGGCUUCAGGUGCAUCAUCGGAUGCGAGCUCUUCGAUCGCAUCAUUAGACUUUGACCAGUCGUCAGGUACCGGGGGUCUGGCAUCGUCUGCCAGCUCCCUACCUUCAACCGAGCCGAUCGACGCCAUCAAAGCAUACGCACCAGCAAGGCCUGUCACCGUACCUUUUACGAGGCAGGGGCCUGGAGCGGACACUGAAGCAGUCAGAGCUUCAGAGAAGAUCGAGCAUUGUUGGCCCCGCUUCUCGUCUUACCACAUUGAGGUCGAGUUGUGCAUCUCCGGGCAGCACGACGUCUCGCUCGAAUUCCUGCAAGCCCGGCGCAAGGCAGCCAUCUGGCGGCGACAGUCCCUUGGGUUUCAGGAUAGGGCUUCACCGCCCCCGGCGUCAUCGCCACCGCCGCUUGCACUUCCGCUGCACGUUACGCUCAACGUCCUCUCGCGCGAGGAUGGCAAGCACGAGCUGGUUGGCAUUGCAAAUGAGUUGCGCGAGCGCGUGCAGGAGCAGACGGAGGAGGAGAUUGAGGUGUAUGGCAGCAGUUGCAGCCAAGGAGGAGUGAAUCAAAGUUCGUCGGCAGCUGAACGUAAGGAGCGGAGGGAGAUACGCUCGUUAUUGCUCGAUCGCAUUGAUGCAAGGAAAGUCGAUGCUGCACUCGAAGAAAGAGGCUGCAUGGGAGAGCCGGAGCUGCUGAUCGUCAAAGGCGGCUCAAGGCGUGUCAUCGCGCUGCACGGCUUUCCGCCGUGGCCUGUACGCCUGACUGAGAUUUACCACUGUGGAGCAGUUAAUGCACAUGAAGGAUUGAAGGAGGAGGACGUGCUGAAUGCGCUACUGCAGUAUUCAGGCUCGACGCAACGGUAUGGGCGCUAGUGGAGACAGACCAGAGCCAUGGGUUGGACUACUGUCAUACAUGAUUCGAAUCACGAGGAGGAUCGUGCGUGAACAAUGACAUGUCAAACUCGUCUGCAUCCACUGUACCGCUGCCUGCUUUCUGAGUGGAACGCAGCUGGCAAGCCUGGACCGCCUGCCACAUCUCCUCGUGCACUUCGUCCACGCUGCGACCCGCGUCGAUUGUGCUCCACGCGAGCGGAUGCGCAGCGGCGGUGACAUCGCGCUGGAUGACAAGGAACGCUUCGCGCACACGGCGCUGCAUAUCUUCACGC